ACGGGUUCGCGAGGAGGCUGUGUGGGGCCGCCCGGGCGAACGAGAGCGCGAGCGAGCUAGCGAACCCUGGUCGAGUGGGUCUAAGCGGCCGUGAGGACCUCUCCAGGAACCCAACAGUCCUCUCCAUUCAUUCAUCCAUCCAUCCAAGCCAUCCAUCCAUCUAUCCAUAGAACCGGGGCUGCUCUCCUCUCUCCCGGGGUCUCGCGAGAGAGUGUAUAUCCUCGACGAAGGUGGAGGCGAAGAGAGUAGAGUGGUACAUCUACCAUCGUCUCUACUAUCGGCAGAGUCCAAGGACUCGAAGACCCUCCGGGUGAUUUCAGUCGGCCGCCGGCCGGCUCUGCCGGCCACUCCUCAGCCCACGUGUUUCACCUUGUACUUUUUCACGGGAAUUCAUCGUAACAGGUAAAUCAUAGCGGCGCGUCGCGAGCCCGACCGCGGCCGACAAAGACCUGGUGAACGCGGCAGAUCGACCCCCGGAACUGGGAGCCCGACUCGCCCGAGCUCGACAAGUCACGCGAGAUAGCGUUCGCCGCGCCGGAAGUGCGUGAGAUAUGCGACCAACGCGUUCGAUCACCGAGCCUGCACUCGCGAGAGGCUCUUCGCCAAGGCAAGCUUCCUUACUCGAGUUACGGCGAAUAGUGAAACUGGGAUAACGAGCAGCAUGCGACUUUCUCCGAGGUGAAGGUGCGACGAAUUACUUGCGAGUUUAAAAGACCACGAGUGCCAAACGCCAGCUGUGUUUAACUCGUUGAUAAAACUUCGGAGUGCGCAGUGAGACGAAACCGGUGGAUUCUACGAUCGAUAUGAGUGAACAGGGAUAGUGCGAUGUCGAUAAAUGGGUGAUCUCGAACAGCCUUUCUUUUAUAGACCAUCAUCCGCAGAGUUCUCUAAACAAAGUCGAACAAGUGUAUCUUUGACUCGAAAUAAAUAAAUAAAAUAAACAAGGAUCAUCGAAAAAGUGAAGUUUUGUGACAGUGGAGACAGUGACAGCACAGUGAGAGAGCGAAUGCGAACCUCGCGUCAAUCACGAUUCGGCAACCUGGCGAGAAAUCGUUGAGGGGUGUGAAGGGAGGAGUGAAAAACGAGCGCGACCGCCGUGCUCGCAUCAGAGUUGUUGUAACCCAACAUUAUUUUCACCAAAGUUGAUACAAGCACCGCAAUCAUUCGUCGAAGCGUGAACCUGAAAUACUUCGACGAAGUCGAGGUAGCCGAAAUGAGCGGUGGUAGCGUCGGCGGUGGAAGCGGUGGCAGUCAGGGGAGUAACAACAAUGCUAAUACCUAUCAUCAGCAUCAACAGCAGCAGCAGCAGCAACAACAACAACAACAGCAACAGCAGCAACAUACUCAGCUCGAACAGGCUGGUUUGUUGCCUGAUUUAAACGGCGUUGAUCUGGCUAUGAGCUUGUCCCCAAAGCAUCACUCUUCUCACGUACAACCAGGAGCCGGUCCCCACACGACACCCUUCAGCGUCACGGAUAUUUUGUCGCCGAUCGAAGAAUCCUACAGGAAGUUGGAACUCGCUGCUGCCGCGGCUGCCGUAGGCGUUGGCGUCGGUGUCGUAACGCAUCCCCAAAGCUCGCCUUACACAAACGCCUGUGGCGCCAGGGUCGGCGGUAACACCGGUAGCUCGAGCGCGAGCAGCGGAAGUCCACCGCUACACGGAGGCUCCACUCCCGGUGGUAGCACACCAGGUCCCGUUACCGGCGCUAACGGCGGUACCGGCGCCGGUGGUGGAGGCGCGCCCGGCGGUGCCGGGAAUGUUGGAAGCAUGAGUGCCAUGGGGAACCCGUAUGCCACGAUGCAACUUACUUCGCAGUAUCAGUACUGUGCCGCUGAACUUUCUCCUUAUCAUCAUGCUGGCCCUGGAGUUGGCGGGGGCGCUAAUGCGAGCGAUCCCAUGCGAUCGCACGCCGUUUCGUCGCAUCAUCAUCCCUGGUAUGCGCCAGCACCACCCACGACCAAUGAUCCUCGUUUUGCCAGUUUUGCAGUCUCGCGGCUGAUGGGGGCCGCGGCGGGCGCCGGGACCAAUAUGGCCGGUUGUUCCGUCGGUCAGUCAAUGUCCGACGUUGGAAAGUCAUCGGGUAUGGGUGUCGGCGGCGGGAUAGGCGUCGGGGUUGGUAUGGGCGUCGGGGCGAUGCAAUUCCCGCUGGCACAGAGGCGAAAACGACGCGUGCUUUUCACCCAGGCUCAGGUCUACGAGCUCGAGAGGAGGUUUAAACAACAAAAAUAUCUGAGCGCACCGGAGCGCGAGCACCUGGCAUCGCUCAUCCAUCUGACGCCCACGCAGGUUAAAAUUUGGUUUCAAAAUCAUCGAUACAAGUGCAAGAGACAAGCGAAGGAGAAAGCCAUGGCCGAGCAAAACGCACAAAAUCAGAGCGCAAGUUCGCCGAGGCGCGUGGCAGUUCCGGUAUUAGUGAAGGAUGGAAAGCCCUGCGGGAGCGGGGGCGGUAACGAAGGUAGUCGAGGCGGUCCAAGCGCAGCGCUGGCGAGCCCAGCGCCCCACAUGACAGCGGCAUCGAGUCCGCACGGUUCUCACCACGCCGCAUCGGUUUCGCAUCAUUCGGUUGUCGGCGUGAGUCACGUAAUGUCCUCGAGCCAGAGCUUGCAGCAUUGUUCAUACGCGAGAGCCGGCGGUCAACAGGGUAUGCAACAACAGCAACAAGCGCAGUGCGGAGCUUACCUUCCGUUGCAGGGUAGGGCUUGGUAGUGCGCGCCAUCCGCGGCGGGGGCCGCGGCCUACGCCAAUUCCUCCGUCACAGGCCCAUGGGCCCUCGCCGCGGAUCCGGCUGCGUGGUACGCAAUACCUGACGACAGUCCAUGAACCUCCGGGUCACUGCCAACGUACCGAACGAACUAAUGACCUUUGUACAGAGUGGCACCGAAUUAAAAGGCUCUCGUGAGCCGAUGCGAUUCGCAACCGAACGAUCACUUAUUUGAGGAGUCAAUCUUGCAGCCGAAAUCGAGUUGCGCGCGAGAAAUCGGGAUUUGUGCAUCGUCUAAUUUCCUGGCGAGACAAAUUAAUCGAGUGGCCAGAAAGAGAAAACCGACGGGAAAAAUUGUCCGAACGUUUUGAUCGAGUUUUAACGAAACAACGGCACCGCAAUCUCCUUUCGUUUGCGCAUUCGGCGCUCGUAAGAGCGAAGAAGUAAUCGCGAAGAAAAGACGAAGGAAUUGCAGAAAAGAGGAGAGAGAUCCGAACGAGCUAGAAGAUCGAUAUGGGUCCGUUUUUUAAUGCAAUUCAUGAAAAAGCGAUUGAACAUUAAACGAGAAUCCAACGACGAGAAAGCCUAGAUUGACAGACAUUCGAAUUCAACGUAACGAGAAAAACUGCGAAUAGAAUUCACACACCUUGAGUCGAAUCGCGUUAUCGGAUUAUCUUUUAUAAUAAACUGCACACAGGAUCCUGAAAACGAGUUUUAAGCUCCCAACAAUGAUCGAAAUAAUGAUACGAAACCUUUAUCGAUUAGUCUAAAAUAACGAUUCUAGCAUUUCGACUCAUAUAAAUUGUGCCUUAUUAAAAUGAAAUCUUAAUAAGACGCGCGAUGAUUUUUCUCCGCUCUUUUAGCACGAGGCUCUUCUCCAAAGUUCGUUCCAAUAAAAGUAGGCUUCGAAUUGACAAAUAAAACUGUCGCGAAGUUAGUCAAAUGUAGCUGAACCGUUGGAAAGGAGAAAAAAUCGAAACGCGAUCGACAGAGAAGCGUCGCGCGUAAUUCGAUAGCACGAGGAUAAUCACAGGAAAUUGGAAUUUGUCAAGUGUCGCGGGAUCGAGAUUACAUUCGAGUAGUCGGCGAACGUUCGACUCUUCGCGACAAUUUAACGGAGUGUCUGUUCGAAUAUUCGCUACAUAUAACUACCGCGAUCGCGCUUCAUCACCGUGACAAAAAGAGCGCGAUAAUUGGGCUCACCUUUGUCAAAGGUUAUCCGCGCGUUCAUCUCGCUGCAGCUGAGAGUUUCGAAUUCACGAGAGGAACUCAACGCUUCGCCGUUAACAUCCAACGUUUCAUUGCGCAAAUGGUAACCGUAUAUCGUGUCGAAAUAGCACGAGCGUGGUCAACGAUUCUGCAAACGAGAGACUCGAGAACGCAGACGCGACGCCGCGUGCAGUGUUUUGUUAUACAAAGUGUACGAAACACGCUCUCGCUCUGACGCAUGAGGAAGAGUUUUCUCUCUUCACACGGUGAAAAAACGUCCCCGUAUUUGAGAGUAUUUUUCGUUCGAAACGAUGAACAAAAAGUAACGAAAAGUGUUUGAAAAAACGUGCAAAAAGUUGCAUCCUUCCGGAUCGUUUUUUAUUUUUAUUUUUAUUUUUUUUUAUAGAUUUUUCAAAGUGCCUCGCUCCGUCGAAUUUCACGGAGGAUACUGAGACAACGAAAAACGAAUGCGACGAGUCGAUGAAAUAAAAAGCUGCGAGCGAAUCGCGUGAUUCUUGAAAUUGGAAAACUUUCUUCUCCGCGAGUUCGUUUUUCGCGUCUCAGGGAUUCGCGGACGAGGCACGCGCACUGUGAAAUCGCACAUGCCCAAACAAUUAGGAUGACGAUGUAACGAAUUAACCCGAUUUGUGACUUGUGUAAAUAUUGUGAUACUCGUCGUUUUUGGACUCGAAGGGAUAAAUAAGUAGCGAGGUUAUUCAAAUAGCAGAGGAAACGACGAGGAUCGAUGCGACGGACACGGAGACGACGAAUCAAUCGUCGUAAAGAUUUUGAUAAAGAGUCGCGUUAUGUGUACGCUGUAUAACGUUUAGAGAGAAUGAGCAUUAUUGAUAUUGGUAUAAUGAAUUUAAAGACGACACGACGAGAUUCGAGAAGAAAUAACACGACGCGAAAACACGAAACACUCACACCCACACACGACGCACACACACACGGUCACACUGACAUCGAGACACGCGCGGGUGGACACGCCGUUACAAGAAAUAAUAAAAAUGGCAAGAAAAGAAGUGAAGAAAAUAUUGACACAGCGAGAACGAUGAGAGAACGUUUGAGAAUAUUGUAUUGUGGUUUGAACGGUUGUAGAUUUUAGUGAGAACGAAUGGAAUGUGAAAUAAGAUAAAACGAUUAUAAGAAUAAAAUCGACAAAAAUUAGAGAUUAUUAUAAAGUUUUGUAAAUAACGGAAAGAGAAUAUUAAUAAAAUAAUACUAAUGCACCUA